GACGUUCUCGCGACUCCGUCAGUUCACUUCGGAUCGUAUCGCCGGGUCCGUCUCGCGUGUGCCGCGGUCUGCUCGCGGUCAGUCUCAUCUCAUCCACGGCAACGUUUCGGUGCUGCUAGGGGAUCGUCACGGGAAUUUGGUGAAAAGUGAAGAAAACGCAACAGCAGCGACAUUGAGCUGAAAAUAAGUGAACCAGCAAGCUGUUUCUGAGUGUUUCACAAUAAGCGUAUUGAACCGGUGUCGACCCGUCCUUGAAGUGUACACAAAUAUUAUAGAAUUAAACUUAUAGCAAAGUGUUGACAUCAGACCAGGAGGAAACCAGGCCCGAAUGAGAGUUUAACCAACCAAAGGAUAGAUUGAGACAAAUGGAGCAAUAAGCUCUGGGAGUCGGAAAGGCAUCAUGUUCUGCUGCAACACGCUUCUCGCACCGGUCAGCAUAAUAUCCGUGCUCAGCAGCGAUCUUCCAAAUUAAAAGAUGUAUAAUGGAACAAGGCAUUCUAGCAUCAGCUGUACCGACGCCAAAGACUCCAAUCUACCAGCGCUACACAACCGCCCUCCAGAAUGACCCCCGGUGUUCGCAAGAGGUAGCGCUGGGCAGACGCAUCGGCCUGUACCGGUUCUGUGGCGAUAUCGGACGAGGCAACUUCUCGCGUGUCAAGCUCGCCGUUCAUCAAUUAACCAAAGAUAAAGUCGCUAUCAAGGUAGUGGACACCAGUCGUUUAGAUGCUAAGGCGCUGCGCAUGUUGUCGCGCGAAGUCAGCACGCUCGAGUGUGUCUAUCAUCCAUUUAUUCUAAGACUGUUUGAAGUGAUAGAAACAUUGGGAAAGAUUCAUCUCAUCAGCGAAUGGGUACAAGGCGGCGAACUGUACAAUCGCAUCACGGAGGUUGGCCCGCUCAAGGAACCACACGCUGCACUGCUUUUCCAACAACUGCUACUGGCUGUGAAGCAUCUGCAUAGUUUAGGUUUUGUGCAUCGUGAUAUCAAGGCGGAGAAUGUGCUGCUCGUGAGCGAAGAGCGCAUCAAGCUGGCGGACUUUGGCUUUAGCACGCAGCUGGUAAACGGUCCCUGGCAGCAUUUGGACACGUUCUGCGGUUCGCCCCCGUACGCCGCACCGGAGCUGUUCAGUGACGACCACUACAUUGGCGGUCCGGUCGAUAUCUGGGCGCUCGGCAUACUGCUCUACUUUAUGCUGGAGGGCAGCAUGCCCUUCAAGGCACCGACCGUUCCACUGCUGCGGACGGCCGUGCUCAAGGGCGAGUUUGUCAUCUCGACCAGCCUGAGUGUACCGUGCUGUCGCGUUAUUCAGCGCAUCCUAGUGCAUACACCAUCCCGAAGGCCUACGAUCGAACAGCUGCUCGACUGCCAAUGGUUCCGGUACGCGCAGGAUCAUGCCGGUCGUCUGGGACGAUCGUCGAACCAACCCCAAACCACCGUCGGCCAAACUCGUAACCCCAACAAUGUUCCUAGACGGAGGCGAAAAAAGUUGUUCUGGUUUUUCCCCUCGCCUCGCGAUCGCCUUUCCUCGCCCGACUCCACAACCUCCAGUCGUGAUAACAACCUUAGUGCUGCCAACAACAAUCAGCAUCACCGUCAUCAUCACCAUCACCACCAGCACAACUCCCAACGGCACCAGCCCAUGUCCUCGUCCACCAAGUCAUCGUCCUCGCGGGACGAGCGGCUGGUGGCCAACCCGCCGGAGAUUCCCAACCUGCGCACGAUCGCUUGCAGCACCAAGCGGGCCGCCAGCGUGCUGGAGGAAAACUAUCUCCAUCCGCUCAAGCCGGACCCGGCGGCUGGUGCGCCCGGCGAGGGGGCGGACACCGGCACGCUCGUUACCGAGCACCACCUGCAUCAUUCCCAUUUUAUCAAGGAUCUAUCCAACGAUGUGUCAAAUAAUAAUAUUGUUAACAGUAACGCUAAUGGUACGAAUAACUAUACGAAUCAGCUCACCAACGAUGCGACCGGCGGAGCUAACGGGAGCCGUAAGGAGAGCUCGGCUGCUAGCCAGGAGCGGAAGCCGCGUCGCUUUUCCUUCGGCCGCUCGCUCAAGAAGCGCAUCGGACCGAUGGAGUUAGUGUCGGCGGAAAGCCUCACCGGGCCGGACGGUGGGGUGCGGCCUCCGCGUGCAGUGGAUCUGCGCGAAAAGCUACAUCGAACGAUCGACGAGGAGCACGGCCGGUUCGUGAUGUACCCGACGACGGCCGUUUCGUCCGAGGGCAAUCGGCAUCUGCACCCGCUCGAGACGGAAACGCGCCGGCUUAUGAAAGUGCUCGGCAUUACCGGCGACAUGAUAGCGCGUGCGGUGACGAACGGACCGCGCAGUGACAUUAUCGGCGUGUACCGGAUCGUCAUGCACCGGUUGCAGCGUGAGCAAACCAACGCUCGGCUAGCGUCGACCAAUGGGGGCGCGUACGAGUUUCUCGAGCUGAAAUCAAUCAACGGCACGACGACGUCCGGCUGCAGCUCGGGACGGAGCGGACCGAACAAUGGCGCAGGGCGCAGCACUGCCAACAGUCGGCGACAUAUCGAUCAGAACCGGGGAAGAAUCUGUGCCAUUCUUUAAACACACAAAGCGCUACGGGGCGAAAGGGGGACCUCAUGUCCGGGGUCUAACGUGCACGCGUUACCACACUUUCCUCCAUCAUGUGAUAAUCCUCGUGGGAUUAAUUGGAAGCGGGAAGUUCGAACACUGACCACUGAUGUUACUAACCUAAUCGCCGUGUCUAAUGUGUGUGUGUGCCCUUCCCUGCCGUGGAAUGUGGAGGAACACGUGCUCGGUGUGUGUGCCCCUGCAGCGGUGACUACCGCACUAGACCACAAACCGUAGAAGAUAGAAGUCAUAUUUUUAGAAGAAAAUAACGUUGUUAACUGUUAGUUCUAGUGUACGUCCUGUGGUAGCUUAACCGGCGGUCAGAAGACCGCCCCUCCGCCCCGCUUCAAAGAUUACCCGUCGCAGCCAAACCGCGGUAAACGAUCUCGGUGUCUCUCUUUCUCCCACCCCGAGAUGUGUAUGUGCGGCGGGAGAGUGUAAGGGAAGCAGCUUAAAAGUUUUAUAAAAAACCCCCAAACAAACAAAAUACCAAAUCAAACAACAUCUUUGCAAAGACAACAAACCAACCUUACCUAUAUGCAAACUCGAUGUGCCGAGAACCGACCUCAGGUCUCGGUGGAGCAUGGCCAAUCGCACGGACUGUGCCCUUGUGUAGCUUUAAUAUAUUUAUUUGUGUUCCCAAAACCCCGAUCUAAACCUUCGCGGCAUGUUUUUAGGUAAACACAGAAAAGACAUCGUGCUAUUGUUCCGAAAAAUCUAAACGCAAAAUGCGCUGACGGGGCGCGCGUUUUGCGUAUUAAGUUACUUGUGUCUGUUGAUUUUAUUUCUACAAACGGAUGAUCAAAUCAUACUAAAGCUGUACCAUUAUGCAACAUUGAACGUGG